AAAAAUAAUUGUGGAAGUUCUUCACGGAACCAAUUUAUUCCCGAAAAGCAGAUUAAUAAAAGAAGCCUAGGAAAGCACAACAACACACACUGUACCAGCAUUUCUCCUUAAAUAGUGGUACUUCGCCGGAACUUUGCCUUUACCGGUCACCGGUUUCUGGUGUCGAACAAUGAUGCCUGAGUGGACUGAUGAUUUGGAGAAAGCCAAUAUUAGCAGCGAGAGUCAUGUAAAGGAAGACAGCGAGUAUGUGAGGCUUGUUAUAAGAAAUGAAAGAACAGAUGAAGUUGGAACUUCACAAUCCCAAUCACAGUCUAGAAAAGAGUCUAUUGUAUGGUGGAUCAAGGCUACUAUAUGGUGUAUUUUCUCUGUGAUAAUUCUACUAGUUUCCAUAAAAUGGGGAGUGCCCUUUUUUUUUGAGAAGAUUCUAAUUCCAACCCUACAUUGGGAAGCCACUGCAUUUGGCCGUCCAGUUCUUGCCCUCGUACUUGUAGCUUCUUUGGCACUGUUUCCGGUAUUCCUAAUUCCUUCUGGACCAUCAAUGUGGCUCGCUGGAAUGAUCUUUGGAUACGGUCUUGGAUUUGUUAUUAUAAUGGCUGGAACAACAGUUGGGAUGAUCCUGCCAUAUUUCGUUGGCUUGUUUUUCAGAGAUAGAAUUCAUCAAUGGUUGAAGAGAUGGCCUCACAUGGCAGCUAUGAUUAGACUGGUGGGAGAAGGGAGUUGGUUUCAUCAAUUCCGUGUGGUUGCGAUAUUUAGGAUUUCACCAUUUCCAUACACAGUCUUCAAUUAUGCAGUGGUGGUGACAAAGAUGAGGUUCUGGCCUUAUUUUUGGGGAUCUGUUGCAGGAAUGGCUCCUGAAUCCUUCAUUUACAUCUACAGUGGUCGCCUAAUUAGGACAUUUGCGGAUGUGCAAUAUGGGAACCAUCAUCUGACUACAGUUGAGAUUGUCUAUAAUGUUAUUUCUUUCAUUAUAGCAAUUGUCACCAUAGUGGCUUUCACAGUCUACGCCAAGAGGACUCUGAGGCAACUUGAAAGUGAAGAAGAAAACAAUGGCGAAGGCUCUACCUCUAAUCUUGGGAGGUUAGAAUUGGAGACUCUUCCAAUGCAAAAAUCCAAAAUUUCUAGUGUUUGGUCAACUUUGUAGUAAGAGGAAUGUUAACCUUGGACUUCAUUGAGGAAACUAGUGUGUAAAUAAUUCGAGGUAAAGAGGGAAAUGUUUUAUGCAUCCCUCCAUAUUGGUAACUAGAAAAUUGGAAGAUGCUUAUUGGAAAAAAAAAAGAAAAAAGUAGGUGUUGUGUAACUAGAGAUGCUGCCUGGACUAAUUGAUAUUGGAAAAUGAAGACAACAUUUGAUUAGGCAGCAUGAACAUCUCUCUCUCUCUCAGUGAAAAGAAAACCAUGUUUACUCUGUAGAAAAUAAUGUAUUGUUCAUCCUUGUUCUUUUACACUGAAGAAAAACCAGUAACUGUACAAUUAAGGAGUAGUAUGAGGCUUGUUUGGAUUAGAAA